AGCGGGACAAUCAUAAUAAAGUUGGGUAUGGCGCGGCUAUUUAAUAGGGAGUAGCAGAUCCAACCCAUCCCAGCCGGGCUUCUCAUUUUCACAUUUCUUUUCUUAAUUAGAUUUGAAGCUCGCCAAACAUGGCAAAACCACUUGCUGCUGCUUCAUUUCUUGCCGCCCUACUUCUGCUCCUCAUCCAUUUCUCUAAUGCUCAACAUUAUCAGGUACAGGUAGACUUGGCUAAUUCCCCGGCACCAAGUCCUCAGCCACAACUCAUUGACUGCAGUGAAGCUUGUAAGGGAAGGUGUGAGAAGUCAAAGAGACCAAACUUGUGCAAUAGGUCCUGCGGCAGCUGCUGCACCAAGUGCAAUUGCGUACCCCAUGGAACUUCUGGAAAUUACGACGAUUGCCCCUGCUAUUUUAAUCUCACUACCCACAACAACACUCGUAAAUGCCCUUAAUUAAUUAAUUUAUUGCUGUUUUUAAUUCUUUUUAUUUUGUUUUUUGGAGAAAACAAAUAAAUACUCCAUUAUAUAUAGCGAAAUCUUGCUGUUAUUGUCGUCUCAAUGCUUCUUUUUGCCGGUUAUACCUAGCUAAAUGUCAUUCAUAUGUACAACUUAUAAUAAUAAGAAUUGUUAUUAUUGACGUACACCAAAGAUGGAAAAUGUUGGUGUUUUGUGUUUAUCCUUUUUAUCCACUUAAUGGAUUACUCAUUGUGUAUUUUGAUGCCCUUUGAGGUUAUAGAACAUGCAAUUUGAAUUCUA